UGAAAAGGGUCUUCUCAGUUGUGUGACUCAUGCUUUAGCUGUGAGCAGCUUGGCAGCUCUAGCAGGACCAGAGAUCUCCGUCACACAAUACUGUUCUACAUUUCCGCCUGGACACCAGCCUUGGAAGCAUCCUUGCUGUUUUUUUUUACAUUUCUUUUUCUCCCUUUCUCCUUUUUUUUGUGGAUUCUCUUUUUCCUUUUCUUUUGUGUCGUCUCUUUGAAUUUCAUCCGUGGUACUACAAAAAGUCAACUCCCAGUGCUUGCUGCUUAUGUGAGGCAUCUGCUAUGUUAGAGCAGCCGCUCUGUAGGUUGGCAUCGGAUCUGCCAGUACAUAUGCAGGAAACCUGAUAGAAGGGCAUGCUUCACCGUACCAAAUACAACCGCUUCAGGAAUGAGUCUGUGACAUCCGUUGAUGAGCUUCUCCACAGUCUUUCCGUGAACAGCAAGGUCUCGGCUGCCCCUACGGCCUCCGCUGCGCCCCCCUACCCGACCUCGGCUGAGGUUCUACAUUCCGAUCAGGAGGAUGGACCCACCACCCUCGGCACCCUCAUCCACAAAGUGUCCCACUUGAAAUUCUCCGGCACAGGCAGCCUUUCGGGCAUCAAAAACCUCUCCACUGCAGUGAAAGACCUUGCCGUCUCCAAGCUGCAAGGCAGCUCAAGUGCUCCUAGCACAACAGCAGGUGCUGUAGACAACACAUGUAACCCUGCCUCUACCACUCUGUGUUCACAGCAGGACAUGAGCAAAAUGAGCACGCGGAAAAAGACCAAGUUAGAGGAAAUGCACGUGGGAGGCGAAGAUUGGAAUCAGAGUGGCAGUGUUGUCAAUAAACCCUCCAGAGGAUGGCUGCACUCGAAUGAGAAGAUCCUAGGACCUGGAGUGACGUACAUUGUAAAGUAUUUGGGAUGUAUAGAAGUUUUACGCUCAAUGAGAUCGCUAGACUUUAACACAAGAACACAAAUUACAAGUGAAGCUAUUAGUUGGGUCUGUGAAUCUGUCCCAGGUGCCAAAGGAGCAUUUCGUAAAAAAAAGCCACCAAGUAAAGCUCUGUCAAGCAUUCUGGGAAAGAGCAACCUUCAGUUUGCAGGGAUGAGCAUCACUCUGAACAUCUCCACCAGCAGCCUGAACUUGAUGACGCCAGACUCUAAACAGAUUAUAGCAAAUCACCAUAUGCAGUCCAUUUCCUUCGCAUCUGGUGGUGAUCCGGACAUGACUGACUAUGUUGCUUAUGUAGCAAAAGAUCCUGUAAAUCGCAGAGCGUGCCAUAUUCUAGAAUGCUGUGAGGGUUUGGCUCAGGAUGUGAUUUGUACCAUAGGGCAAGCUUUUGAACUUCGAUUCAAGCAAUAUCUGCAGUGUCCUUCCAAACUCCCCUCACUUCAGGACAGAAUGUUGAAUUUAGAAGAACCGGCAUGGAUGGAAGAGGAGGAGGAAACCGCAGAACAUCCAUAUUACAACAGCAUUCCAGGGAAAAUGCCACCUCCUGGGGGAUUUAUCGAUGUUAGAAUGAAGAACCAAGCAGCUUGUCCAACAGAUGGCGCGCAGCCCACCACGAUGGCUGGAAGAGACCAAACCUACUAUCAAGGACGACACUUGGUAGAGAACCUGAGUGAUGAUCGGAAGCCUGCACCUGUCAGGCAAGGUUCUAGUGAUGUGAUUUGUCAACCAGAAGGGAAAACGCAAUUGCCAAAAAUUGGGGAAGUCCCGACAUACGUGAACACCCAGCACAUAGACGUCCAGUCUCUGGUAGCAUUGCAAGCCAACUCUGACACUGUGAUCAAUGAAACAGCAGGGACUGCCAGAGACAGUCCUAGAAAAGAUAUAUUUGAUAUGAAACCCUUUGAAGAUGCCAUUAGGAAUCGGAGCCCUGUUUUAAACAAGACUGCAUCCAUUGAUAACAGUAGCCCUCUUCUAGCGAGAGCAGCAGCCUUCAAUGUGAAAGAAGAACUGAAAUCGGAGCCUUGGUAUCAUGGAGAAAUGAGCAGGAAAGAAGCUGAACAGUUGCUGAAAAAUGAUGGAGAUUUCCUGGUCAGGAAAAGCACCACCAAUCCUGGCUCAUAUGUACUGACAGGCAUGCACAAUGGCCAGUCCAAGCAUCUUCUUUUGGUAGAUCCAGAAGGGACAGUGCGGACAAAAGAUCACAUAUUUGAGAGCAUAAGCCACCUCAUUAGCCAUCACCGUGACAACAAUUUGCCAAUAGUCUCUGCUGGAAGUGAACUGUGCCUUAAACAACCAGUCAGGAGAAGACAGUGACAAGUCAAUGCUUUCAAAUGGAAAAAAACUGAAUCACUACUUUCUCCAAGAAAAGUCAAAUAUAAGAUACCAGUGUCUUUUACAUUCUUUCAUGAUUCCCCAGUUCCCCUGCUUAGGACAACUGGAAGCAGUCUGUUGAUCCAACACACUUGAUUUUUAGAACCGUGAUUAUUUUAUUGUGAUUGUUGAAAUUAUAUAUUUUUCGAGAUGACAUAUUGGUUUAAUUAGUAGAUGUUCAUUUUGGUGUGUUUAUAAAUGCAGCUGUUAAUUGUUUAGAUUAAAUGAGCUGUGAUCUCACUAGUGAUGUGAGAAUACAAAAAAAAAAAUUUUAGGAUGAAAUAAUGUUCUAGUCUAACAAGCACAACCAUAUUUACAAACAUGUUGGUUAAAGUUGGACUACUUCAAAUAUGGAAAAGUAAGAAGAAAAAAAAUCAGCAGCUAAUAUUUUAAGAAAAUACGUUUUUUACAUGAUCAGAAAUAACUUUAACUGCAGCUAAUAUGUAACAAUAUCCGAUCGUGGUUGAUUCUGCUUCAGAAAUGUGUACAUUUGCUUUACUCACAAUAUACCUUAACCUGUCCAUAGACUGCACUGAGUUCCCUGGACUUGCUGUUUAAAAAGGGUUGCUCAUAGUGCUAUACAAGACACACAUUUGUCAUCAAAGUCGCAUGACUUGAGAAUAUACAGCUAUUGUGGUAAAUGUGUAGACCUUUAACCCUUUGAGAAUUGUUUGUGUAUGCACAUAAUGUGAAAGUUAAUUCUUAAUCUGGCUGUAUGAUGGUGUUUAUUAAGACAAAACUAUAUACAUUUUUGAUAAUGUGGGACAGAUCUGAUGUACAGGACAGUGAACAUCACAAGCGUACCCUGAUUGAUAAUAUGCGUACUGGAGGUGAAUUUAUAACAGGAAAAAUACAAUAAUAAUAUAAGAAUGCAAAGCAUUCAUAUUUUGGCAGGCAGCACCUCCUACUUACAGUAGUUGAGCCAUUAUAAGGAUUCAGGUUUUUCAGUCAGAUUUUUUUUUUGCAUAUUCACUUUGCUCAAGGGGUUAAAUUGUAAAACAGUGUGUGGUUAAUGAAUGCACCCCUAUUUAAAAACAUAGUAAUUUAUUAGAAAAACAGUAUUUUUGGUAAACUUUACACUGAAUUAUCCAGUGACUUGUUAAAUGAAGUUUCUGCUAAAGACAUCCAAGAACAGCGAGUCCUUUGAUGCUACUGUAUUUUGUGAUAUUAAAAAGAAAAGUUCUUAAUUGCA